GUUGCUUUAUAUUCGCCGCUCCGUUCCGCGAACAAGUAUCCAUGUUUAGCAGCUUUUCUUUGGUUUAAAAGAGUUAAGCCGACGUUUUUGAGCAAAAAUAGGACGGUGAUCGAACUAAGUCCAAGGACGGUAACCCAAGUUUUGACUGAGUAAAUGCGAUUGAAAAGCUAAUGAUUUCGUAAAAACGAAAGCAUGUGAAUUUUUUCACAACACAAAUAUCGCACAGAGAAGCAAGUUCAACUUCUUGGCUUGAAUACAACUUUGAAAAUCUUGAGUCAUCUUCCUACAAAGGCAAUCGGAGAACUAGGACUUCAUUUGGGACGACAGAGCAUCUUAUUUGAAAGACUGUCCCAACGUAUACUGAAGCCAUGACUGAGUGCAAAUAUACUUUUCGUUUAAAGAUUUUGGUCGUCUUGAUGUUGGCAGGUAAGUGGAAUAUGUUAUCUAGAUAUAGCGGUAAAUCGAUUUAAGCAUUGUCUUAUGGCAGUAAAAUCAUAGCUGAAUACACAUUUUAAAACUUGUAAACUCUUUUUUAAGAACGUUCAAGAUGUUAAAUGUUGACCUCGCUUGUCAAGAGUUGACCGUUCUUUGAAUCUAUUCAUUAAAAUUACAUAUAGUUGUGAUGAAUAUUAAUCUUUCUAAUGCCUGAGAAUGAUUCUUGUUGAAAGGUUUAGGGAAUUACUCAUUUUUAUAGCAGGAAUGGCUCAAUACAGUUCUAAAUUUAUUUGGCAGUGGCAAAGAAUUGGCUGAAAAUUUUACAAAGUUGAAACGACCAAAAUGACUAAAUGUUGUUUGUUGUCGUUUUGUGACAAUUCAAGCAUGCUACAUGACGCAAGAAAUAACAAUUAUCCAUUAUAAACAGCAACAAUACACAUAAAAACAGUUUGUCGUCAUGGGUGAUGCGGCAAAACUCUAGAAAAUUCAAUCAGGAAAAAUUUAGAAUUCAUUGUCUAUGAAUUCUUUACUUUUUAUUUGUCAGAUAUUAAUUUUACGUUUACUACGUGUUAGAGAAACAAUGUCUGGGUUUUGAUUCUCUUUGGAGCAACGACUUGCUUAAGGGUUAUGAGUCGCACCAUGUAAGGGAAUCUAGAUUCCGGAAUCUGGGAAAUUCAGGAAUCCUGGGUUUUGGAAUCCGGAAUACAGCUCAAUUAUUCCAGAAUCCCACUAACGAUUGAAAUCCAGAAUCCAAGUUCUACUGACAAAUACUGGAACCCAGUACCUGGAAUCCGGAAUCCACAUCGUAGAAUCCAGAAUCCAAGACUGUCAUGGAUUUCCUUACAUGGGGCGAUACGAGCCAACAAUAGGUUCCAGAGUGUGACGUCAUAAAAACAAUGAUUAAAUUGGUGAAUUUAUAGGAUUUGUCUUUUAAAUUUGACUUGGGUCUGGGUCUAGACCCAAGUCAAAUUUAGAGGGAUUUGUAUGGAGUCGUCAGAGCACAACUGGGCUAAUUUCUCAGAGACAAUUUGCCCCACAAUGCUAGUUUUAGCAAGUAGGCCUCUUGGAUGUUGUUCUUUCAGAAUAUACUGACAAAUCCCAUAAUUUCACAAAUUUAGUUUUUAUGACGUCACACUUUAGAACUCUAAGAUUUGAAUACAACAAACUCUGUCCAUUUUGAAAGCCUCCUAAAAAAAAACUUUCUAGUGCUGUUUAUUAAUCGGUCAUUCUUACAAACAUGGAUCGCAUUUAAAAUCGAAUUCUCUGUAAACGUUAACAUCCCCGAGAAAGGUUAAACAAACAAAAGAAUGAAUAAUGAAUAGAUUACUUAAUUAAUUAAUAAAAACAUCCAAGACGGACAUAUGUGAUUCAAAUAGAUCAUAACUUGGGAGCAAAACAUUUGUGGUAAAAAAAAACCUGAAUCUUAUCAUCAUUGUUUUCUGUUUUGACCUUAGCCAGAGGAUACACGAAUACAGUAAAUUUCAAGGCUUUCACCUUAUUUGCUAUAUUUCACGCAAUCUACAAGAAAAAUCUGCCCGGCAGACAACAUCAGCGUAUCUGGAACGAUAAAUGUGAAUUUUAAACCCCUCAUGGGGACUUAUCAGGACGUGGCUCUGGCCUUAUUUGACACUCUCCAACACACAGUAUCAGGUGUUUGAUAUUUUAUUUGUGCAAAACCAUAAGCAAUACAUUUAAAGGCAAAAAAUAUUGGUUUUCCGUUCUGAAAACCCUAUAUGAGGCUUCGUUUGCACUUUAAGCGAGACGAAGAGCACCUCGUUACUUUUAUAUGGGAGACCCCCUUCCCCCACCCCUUGGAGUUCAGUGAAGGAAUUUGACUGAUACACUGGUGUAGACGAGAAGUGACACGGAGCGUGGAGAAAGAGAACGGGAGGAAGAUCUCUGGGGAGAGGGGUGGGUAAGGGAGAGAAGGGAAACUAAAGGAAUGUGAUACUUGCGUAGACAAGGUGACAUGGGGUGAGAAGAGAGGGUAGGAGGUAGAUGGGGAGAGGGGGUAGGGAGAAGGAGAAAGGUUUUGCAUCUUGACCAGUUGGGUUUACAAGUGAUGAGCGAGGCGCUAGGUCUCCCUCGUUUUGUUUUGUUGUUGAUGUCGUUGUUUGUUUUGUCUUUAAUUCGUUCGCCAAGAUCAAGUUAAAGUGAGGUACAUUACAUUGUGAGAAGUACGUGAUCUUAGUUGGCCAGCAAACCAAUAAAAACGGUUAAAAAUAAUGAAUUUAGGCUUUCUCAUCAUUCAUGUUUUUAAGUUAAAGAAGAUGUAACCAUCGCGGUAACCAUCGCGCGGAUAAGUAGUAAUAAGAACAAUGUUAAUUAUUAUUAUUAUCAUUUUUAUUUAGAAUUAUUAACUUACCUAUAAAGCGCUAACAUCUCUAUUAUCAUUGGUUCAUUAAUAGAAAAGGAAAAACGUAUAUAUACUAAAAAUAUUUACAUUCCACAUCGAGCUCACGAUUGCACUAGAGGCUACAAAGCGUUUUCACAUAAAGUCCCGUCUGCCAUGUUGCUGUUCCAAAUGUUGGACAUGUUGGGGUUCCAAACCAAUUCUGUGGGAGUUGACCCUUUUUCUUAUGUAAAACUUUCUUUCGUUCUAAUAAAUUUGCAUAGAUGGGUGAAAACGCUUUAUAUCAGACUUUGGCUGUUGUUCACAAGAUACCGGAUAGCUUUUGCGCAUGCACGAAAAUCAUACCGCAUAGGGCUUCUGUUCACACAUAAGAACGGUGAUUACGGUGCGAUUUCUGUAACAGAGCGAAGCUGUGCCGCGCCGAUCUCCAAACUGGAGAGUCACAUAUCGGAUAGGUGUUCAUACUAUACUACCGGAUAGCUUUUGCGCCGGCGCGAAAACCAUACCGGAUCACAGGGCUUCUGUUCGCACAUAAGAACGGUGAUUUCAGCGCAGUAUAUUCAGUUAAGGGAGCGAAGCUGUGCUGCGCCGAUCUCCAAACUGGAGAGUCACAUAUCGACUAGGUGUUCAUACUAUACUACCGGAUAGCUUUUGCGCCGGCGUGAAAACCAUACCGGGUAGGGCUUCUGUUCACACAUAUAAAGAACGGUGAUUUCGGCGCAGUAUAUUCAGUUAAGGGAGCGAAGCAGUGCCGCGCUGAUCUCGAAACUGGAGAGUCACAUAUCGAAUAGGUGUUCAUACUAUACUACCGGAUAGCUUUUGCGCCGGCGCGAAAAAAGCUACAUGUUCUGGUGUGAAUAUCCAGUAGUCUUUGAGUUCCCCUCGGCCAAAUUGGCACUGUAGGGCCACAACAGAUCCUUUUUUUACAGCGCGAGUGGUAAAUCCCUCAGCUUUUGCUGAAUCAUAUACAACUAUCCACCGAAGGGGACUGAGUUGAACAGUUAACGAUUAUUCCUCGAGGCAGAAAGGGCUCUGAGUCAAUAGCCCAUGAGGCCGAAGGCCGAAUGGGGUAUUGACUCAGAGGCCAUGAGCUUGAGAGGAAUAAUUGUUUUCGUAAAAUCCAACUAGUUGGUCAAAAAUAUCGAGACAAAACAACUUUAGCUAGCAAAACGCGAUUCAGCCGCCAUUGUUUUGGUUUUCAAAGCCGGCGCCUUUCGCUACUAGUGGGCUAUAACAUAUAGCCUAGUAGUGGCUCAACCAAUCAGAACGCAACAUUGAUUGGAUUUUACUAAUAGUGGAUACAUAAUAAGACGGGAAGCGUUGAGGCAUAUACCUAGCACUGUUCACAGACCCUGAGGGGGAUAGUUGUUUUAGUAUUUACCAAAUCAGUUAGAUAAAAAAUGAAAAGAGUUUCUUUUUGUAAAUUAAAAACGUUACUUGGUAGGAACUUUAUUGACAAUUUACAAACAUUCCGGGGAUUUUGUCAAGUGCAUUUUUACAAUUUUGUUGCAAAUUCAGCACGAAAAUAAUUUUCUACCUACCAGUAAACACCGACAAGCCAAAGAUAGUUGCUUUCUUGGUAUUUGUUUGUACGACUGCUUCAUUUAUCGCUCAAAUUUCGUCUUCCGAAAAUGCCUCGAAGCGAGACGCCAUCUUGGCUCCGGUCGCAAACUCAAUAGCCAAGGAUAUUCCCAAUUACGGAAGCCAAUCAAAACGCGCGAAAAGUGCUAGUGGCUGAUUUGGUAAAUAUAAGGCAUAUUGUUUGAGAGAUCCGCACUUUAAAAAAGUGGCAAUAUUAAUCAAAAAUAAUAAAGUGAUUAGAAAGGAACUGCCAAGUCUUUAAACUCUCGUAGAGAACUGUAAAUUUACUGAUGAGUUUAUUUGCCUGCACUGACAGAUAACAUGUUUUUGUCUGCCUUUUAGAAUUAGCAAGUGGCGACGUCUUGGAUGAUCUAUUUGAUGAUGACGACCUCCGUAAGUCGUAAACAGUAGCAAUUAUAUCCCGUUUGAGCGUUGCUGGAUAUGAUAUUACUAAGACAAUACGAAACCCCUGGAGGGUAACCCAAGGACAUUUUUUGAUGGAUGUGUGCACGAAGCAUCAUCCUUCAACCUCAGAACCUACAUCUCGGACAUGACUCCAAAAUUUAAUACCCCAAUAAUAAAUAUAUAUUAAAAAAACUUAUAUUGCGCAUAUAGAAAUAAUUUUCAUACGCGCAUAACAGAUGAUAAGAUAAAAAUAAGUCGGAUUACGUCGAAUCAAACAGUACACUCUCGCUGAUUCAAGUUUAGAGCUAUUCACCAAAGCGCAAAUGACAAUAAACAAGUCCCUUGUUUAAAAUAGAAACUGAAUCGAAUUGUAAAAUUCAUACUCAGACUCAGACCUAAGUAUGGCUCAUGCACUGGGGUUCAAAUUGGCUUAACCUUAGUUUUGUUCUGUUGCUCAGCGAGGCGUGUUUUUUCUCAGUUUUAAUUCUUAUAAACCGCUUUCCGCAUCUUUCACCUUUUUGUGAGCACCAAAGAAAGAUUUAAUUAAUAACCCAUGGGAUUACAGAAAGUAAGAUACGACCAGGCAAAAUCAAAGUUACUCCAGCGAAGCAAAUUCAUGAAGAAAAGAAACGACACUGUCAUGAUCCAUUGUCAUUAUGGUGAUCAAAGUUUGGAACGCCUCUCCAGCUAUUAUUUGCUAUUCCCACGGGACUCCCCUGCGUGCCCUUUCUAGCUUUCUCUUCGUCCCAUUCCUGACUGCAGGAGAGCCCUUUCACUGACUAGCACAUCCCACAUGUGGCCUCGACACAGGACUUAAACCCAGGAUCGAUGCAUUGAGGGGGUGCUUGUUUUAGUUGUAAUUAUGGUUUGUAUUGUUGGUGACUCUAAUUGUUUCUUUCCUAUCUCCACAGUUCUGUAUGUGGCCAUAGGAUUUCUGUGCUUUGCUGUGUUAUUCCUGUUCGUUGUAAUACUGAUUAUCUCCAUCGCUGUCAUCAGAUUAAAGAAAAUAUUGAGGUAAGUAACACAUUUUGUUUUUCAAGGUGGCCAUUAACUUGUAUCUUUUGAAUACUGAAAAGUAACAGCCCAUAGAGGAGGGGGGGGGGGGGUAUUUCCUAUAAUGGCCUAUACGGUGAGGUCCCAACCGAAAGGGGUACCCGGCCUUUUUCAGGCUUCAGGAAAAUGAAAGAGUAGGGAUUUCACUAGUUGUGAAGUAACAACAAGAGGUCUGGGUGCGAGAUAAUCUUAAUUACUUGGGCGUGACGCCUGCUGUCCUAUGACACUGUUCUUUUGGUGCUGAAAUCUGGACAGUUGAUAGCCAAUCAGAUUUGAGAAUCUUGUUAUAGUUCUGAUUAGUCCUUAUGACGCCUGUAUCGUACCGCAAUUUCAGAAGGAUUGUACGAACUAAUCAGAGUAUAUUAACGGUGCUUAAUAUCUCCCUACCAGUAAUUGCACUAACAGCCCGAUUUUUAGCACGGGGUUUUUUCCACCUUGUUCUUUCUGAAUAUCCCAACCAAUCCCAUGGUUUCCCAAAUUUGAUUUCUUUACAUUGGGUAAAAAAAGUUACUUCAACCAUGAUACGCUGACGAUAGGCCAUGCGCAGGUUGGUGUUAUUAUAUUUGUAUACUAAAAAUGUUCAUUUGUGAUUUUAAGGGCUCGAGAAUAUGACGUCCACUACCGAAACGGUGAGGUGAUAUCAAACUCCCACGCUAUGUCAGGACGGUCACUAAACAGUGCUACAAACUGGAAUCAUUUCUUCCCCGAAAGCAGAAAUGGAAGAGAAUCGAACAGCAAUCUAAACUUGGAAUACCAAGAUUACAUGGACUUGAUUAUUAUGGACGCUUCAAGAGUGAGCCUCCCUCGUGCCAGAUUGGACAGCGAAAAGACGACUUUCUAAGUUGAUAAGCAACUGCUGGUUUUCAGCUGACUGAUGUCACUGUGGUCAUGCUUCAUGUAAAUUCUGUGAAGAAACUUUUGUUUACAUUUUUCCUCUCACUAGCAUAUGCAUUUCAUUCUCUGAUCAAGCUAUUAAAAUAAACUCUCUGAAUAUCGAAAGAGCAUAACAAUUACAGUUAUCCGUGAAAAUUUGAGCCGGUUUAAAUAAAUAGUUUCGGAUAAGUUAACUUUGAAAAACUCGAAACUUUACAAAGAAUGUAUGGGCUCAUUAGCAUUUUUGCCACCCGGCAAUUUCGCAGCUUUCGAAGGCUAUUUUCUUUGCUAUUGCUUGCAAAGAGCUGAAGAUUGCUCAAAUUGCUCAAAUUAACCAACUCUUUCAACUCUUGAAUUUCAUUUUUGCAUAAGGUGACGCCCCCUAUGGGCUAAAUUUUUAUGUUAACGAGUAAAAAUGAAAACAGUGACGUCAGCAAGGAUUCGUCUAUUGUUUUGUCAACCGAAAUGGCCGUCUUGUCAAGUGAUUACAACUAAGAAUUGCACUGUAAGUUUUAGCGAGAGAGAAAUCUAAUGUCAAUUCCAAUCUCCUAUUUCAUUAAUAACAUGUCAAUUGUAAUAACGGGUAUCUAACCAAACUUUCACUAAAUGCAGAUCAGUUAUUUUUUUCUUCCAGUUUACAGCUUGUAGUACACAACUGGGGCAGGGAGGAAAAUAGUAUGAAAUAGUAUAGUUGGCUGUUAAAUAUUUCCGUUUAAAACUUUUAAAUUGAACGGAUUCCGAAAAGCAUACAAAGGCUUUAAGAGCGACGAUGCAUUGAUGUACUGAAGUCAUUUCCUGCGUUUUUAAAUCGUUUCUGGGGAAUGUUUGGUUCAGUG